CUUGUUUCCUCGUGCCGGUGCGUGCGGCCGCGCUAACGAACGUUUCACGUUUAUUCGCGUUCUCUGUACUCGGCGGAAGGCGGACGGAAACAGUUCCGUAGCCCAAUCUCGCCAUGAUCGGCGUGUUCAGCGCGGUCGUCAGCCAGUCCCGGCUCACCCGGAUCAGGCUGGUGACCAUCGACAACCCGGCGUUCCGCGUCCACUACCGGCUGACGUUCGCCAUACUGCUGGCGUGCACCACGCUGGUGUGCAGUCGCCAGUACAUCGGCGAGCACAUCCGGUGCAUCGCUUCCGGCGUGCCCAUCAACGUCGUCAACACGUUUUGCUUCUUCACCGCCACGUACACGCUGCCGGACACCAACCACUCGGCACACCCGGGGGUCGGUCCCGUGCAGUGGGACUCGCGCUCCGUCCGCCAUUCGUACUACCAGUGGGUGCCGUUCGUGCUGUUCGGACAGGCGCUGCUGUUCUACCUGCCUCACCUCAUGUGGCGCUCGUACGAGGCGGGCACCAUCGCACUGCUCGUCAACGGGUUGCAAAGGCUGUACCUGAAGGCGGACGGUGACCAAGACGUGGCGGUGCCGGGUGCACCGAACAUACCGUCCGAGGCGACCAGGUGGGCCAAAAUGCGAGAGGUCAUGAACCACCUGGACACGGUCACCCGGUUCCGGUUGAACCGCAACUGGGCCGCGGUGCUUAUCGGGUGCGAGGUGAUCAAUCUGGUCAACGUCUUGUUCCAGAUGAAGCUCAUGGACAAAUUCCUGGGCGGCCAGUUCUACGGGUACGGGCUGCAUGCGUUCGACGACGACAGCAAGCUGUUUGAUCGGGUGUUCCCCAAGAUGACCAAGUGCGACUUUCACAAGUUCGGUCCGUCCGGCACCAUGCAGACGCACGACGCCAUGUGUGUGAUGGCGCUCAACAUCAUCAACGAGAAGAUCUACGUCGUCCUGUGGUUCUGGUUCGUGUUCGUCUUGGUGCCCGUCAGCGUGGCCGCGCUCGUGUGGCGUGGCUUCCAGUACGCGCUCCACUCGCGCGAGUCUUUCAAUCGGCUGUUGCUGCGUGAGUCGUCUCCGGGCACCCGCCUCGACCCCGUCGACCUGGCCAUCAUCGCCAGGCAGACCACGUACUCCGACUGGCUGUUCAUGUACUACCUGUCCGGCAACAUGGACGGCGCCGUCUUCCGGGACCUGUUGCACAGCUUCGCCACCGGACUCCGGAAAGAACCGGGUUCGCAAGACAGCGACGACGACGACACGGCGCCGCUGGGCAAGGCCAUCUGAUCGACACCACUGCCAUGUCAACACCACCCCCGCCACGCGCACGACGAUCAUAUAACUUAUAAUUGAAUACGAUACUAUUAAUAUAUAUUUCAUGUACCAUAUAUUAUUAUUAUACGUAAGACGUUGUCCCGCAAAUGUCGAGUCGAUUUUGGCGUUAGUCGAGUCGUUAGGCGUCGUCCCUCGUCUCGUUUUCUCAAAGAACCAGUCGUGUGCACGUGCGCGCCCUCGCGUACGUUUUUCCAUUCUACACCCACUACCCCCUCCCUCACUACAGUCUGUGGUUAGUCUACAUUUUUCAAUGUCAUCUGCGCCCACCACCCCAAAAUUCAUCCUACCCCAUAACCCUUGCCGUAAUCAUUUGGGGAUAAAUUUUAUUACAUACUUAAUGUAACAUAUUAUUAUUAUUAUUUGUAAUGUUACGAUGUUACUGAUGUUUGUCUGACAAUCGUUCUAACCUGCCAAAUUACAUUUUUUUAUUGUAUCCUUGUAAUUUUUUUCGAAUUUAUGCAUUUGAGUUCAAAAUUAAACCAAUAAAAAACUUAUGUCACGUGCGCACGUGUACGGUACGACAAUAGUUGGAAAAAAAAUAGUAAAAUAAUAAUGGCAAUUAAAUUUUUAUCA